CAGUCUAAUAAUGUAACUCAAGUUGGCGUGUUCGUUCGAGCUGUGCUUGCAAAAUUUGCAAAGUUGGGAAAAGCAAAGGUUCUUUUAUACAUAUUUUUUUUUUGUUUUUGGGGGAAUACGGAAACGGACAAAAGAACAAGAAUUGCAUAGAAUGCGUAGAAAGCACAUAACCGCAUCAUAGCGUUGGAAAUAAUCGAUAAAACAGGCAAAUGUGAAAGCCGCUAAAAAGACAAUUGCGACGGAAAAAUAAGCAAAAACCAAGAAAACAAAAAAUAAAAAUAAAAAAUUAAGUAAAGCUACUUAGAAUAAAAAGUAAAGGAAAAAAUGGAAAUGCGCUUACACUAGCAAACGCGCACAGUGUUACAAAUGUGCUAAUGCAGGCGGACGGUUAAAAGGAAAGGAAAAGUGCUCGUCGUUGUUCAUAUGAAAAUUGUUUAUACACAUACACACAUACACAUAUGUCUACUUUUCGACUUGUAUGUGUGUAAAGUAUGUGCAAGUGUUCUUUGUGCGUUUGCUGAUGCUGCUGCAAAUGACAAGGAAGUCGAAAUUCUAUUCGCUUCAAUUCUGCUGCUGUUAAAAGGAAAUAUACAAUAAAUCCUUAGGAAAAAAUCAACUCGACCAAAAAUUUAAUGUCGUUCUGAGUGUUGAAAUGUAUUGUAGUAUUUGCACCAAAGUGACCUUUCACAGUUGGAUACGAAACGAAAUCAGCGCCGUGCGUUUGCACACCCCCAACCAAAGUAGCGAUUACAUGAACGACAACAGCAGCAGAGGCAGUGGUAGCGGCGUCGGUAAUAAAAAGAAAAACACCAACAACAACAACAAUAAUAAAAACAAAAACAACGACAACGAUAUUUUAUAUCCUGUAAAGGCAACGCUUACAAAAAUAUGAAAAAAUCGAUGCCAGACUCCGAUACUUCAACAGUCACAACCAUAGCCAUAGCCAAAGCUAUAUAGCCAUAGCUAAAACACCAGCAGUGGCAAAGCAAUAGCAGCAGCGGCAUUAAAAGCUACAACAGCAACAGCAACAACAACCACAGCUCUUCUCAUUGCAUUGCUGAAUUUAAUUCAUUCAUCGUAGCACUUUGAUAUUGUAUUUUCACUGAUUUUAUUUGCUGUGCUGCGAAAAUUUCUGUUUCGGUGGGCAUAAAAGGAAAAGGCAGAAAUUGUUGUUACAUACAUAUGUAUAUGCAUACAUAUAUGUAGUUGUUGAUUUUCCGGAGUUUUAUAAAUUAUUACCCUACGCUUAUAAAAAACAACAAAACAAAACAAAAAAAUUUAAAUAUAAUAAUGGCCACUUCAUCGGAAUUACUGCAUCAGCCUGAAUCUAAUAACGGUUCGGAGGAAUCUAUUAGCAAUUGUGCAAAUUCCAGCAAUUUGCUGGAUUCGCAUGUCGAUGAAGAAUCAAUACAAACAACUGGCGCAGAUGCCGAAGUGGCAACAUCACCUGAAGUCCACGAAAACGAAGAUGAUAACUCCAAAAAGGAUUUUAGUGCAACACCUUGUCACGAAAGGACGCAGGCACAGGACGUUGAACAGGAACAGCAGCAGCUAGAGCAACAUCAGCAAUCAACACCUACUUCACCCUCCUCAAUACAAACCCAUGAGGCGCAUAGCAAUUUUUCACCAGACGAAAUACCCGAACCUAUUAAGGUGCUAGAUGAUAUAAUCUCUGAAUUCGAAGACACAUCAAAGCCAACGAACGCAGGUGGUAACGGUGAAAAUCAGUCCGAGGAUGAUGGUUACAUGAGUUUAAGUCGAAAGAACAUGCACAAGCAAGACUUCGAAAAUGUCUCACAGAGCAGUAUAGGCAGUAAUGUACCACCAGUCACGACACCAACUCAAGAGUUUCACGAAUUUAACAACACCACAGAUGUUACCUGCCAAAGCUUGGAGAAGCCUGUCGAUCAGAAUAUUAUACAAUCCACUUUGCCAAAAGCGCGUCCAGCUUCUGCGUUGACGAGCAACAACUACUCUAGUCUUCCAUGUUGUGGUGCGCGCUCUACAUCAUUGGACGGUAAAACGACGCGCGGCGUUAGCUGUAAUGGUGAACGCAACAAGCUGGGUAUCGAUAUUAGUGCGGUACAUAAUGCAGUGCUACGCGGUGGACUGGCAAAGCUACCAGAGCCAAUUCUAAAUGAGCAUCCCGUUACUAUCUAUCCCGGCCGUUAUUCACCAUCAGCCGAACACAAACGAAAUGCUAAUCGUCCACAGCGUAUUUUAUCCUCUGUUGAGAAACACAAAGAAGUUUGUCACAUGCUUAAUCCUUUGUCAUCGAUUUCCUCUUCAUCUUCCUCGUCAAGUUCGAAUUGUGUGGGCUUGUUGGAUAGCAGCAAAAUGACAGAUAUCCCUAAUAAUAUUCUGAAAAAGCCAUAUAUACGUAAGGAUCUUGUUACAAAUGAAUUUAGAUUAGUAAGUGAAGAUGAUUUCUCGGACGAUUCGAUUGAAGAGCAAUCAUUGUCGCCAAUCACUUCACACUCCUCGCCACAUAAACAAACUGGCAUUGCGUGGGAGAUACAUUUCAAGAGCAACAAAAAGAAGUCGCGAAGUUCAGCGAAGAAAAAGCCGCCACGCAAACAUACCGCCGAUUGCAUUGCUAAGACAGAAAAUGGCGGAUAUCCUUUACCCAUAGUGACUGGUGAUUCAUUUUAUUCGAAAGAUGCUGAACGUGGCUACCGUCGAGAACCGGUUGUUAUAGAUGCAUUGGAUGGGCCAGAUCACUGCUCGGGCCAGACCACGGCGGAUAUUUUAAAUCACUGUUUGUAUCGCCAUACAAAUAUGUUGGGUAAAGGCACAUUUAUAAUACGACGGGCCACAAAGAAACCACCAACCACAAUGGAUAUAUUUCGCAAUGAAACCGAAGAUUUGGAUGGUAUGCGUAUACAAGACCAAAGCGACUAUGAAGAGUUUUCAUCGAUGGAAGGUCACGAAAACUGCAAGCCAAAUGAGACAUUAAGCUCGAAUUCCAGACACAGUAUAGAAUUAGUAGCGCCUAUAGGACCCACUUUGCCAUCACCCAGGGACCGCCUUUCUUUAAAUCUGGAACCACAAUUACCAAAUAUUUUUACCAAAGAAAUGUUGGCUGUGCAUAAAGGAGAGCGUUCAUCCUCCGAAGAACUUCUGGCACCCACUAAGAAGGCAUCGCUUAAAAGAGAGAAUAAAAGACGCAGUACUGACUCGAUCAACACAAAGUCUUCCAGCUAUGAAGAAACUGAGGAAAAUGAAUCGAACGAAAGUGCUAACUUGUUUUCGAACAAAAAAAGUUUCGAUGCUUGUAAUUUGUAUGCUUACAAGAACGAUGCCGCAGGCUGUAUGAAAGGACCAGAGUUUGCAGACUUACGCUCCUCAACAACAACGACUCCACACACCGAUCUAGCGCCAACACUUGAAGAGGAAGAGGAACAAUACAGCGAUUUCAGCUAUAGCGGUGCGCCCAUUGAACAAAUUGAGAAUAUCGACAGCAAUAUAAACGCAUUACUGCGUGGAGAUAUUGCGGCGGUACGUAUUGUUGAAGGCGGUGCGCAUCCUAAACGUCCACUCGAAUUUCGUCCCGGUGUGCAUAAAUCGGAGAGCGCAAAAGAGAUGCUGCUGUCUCAAAGUGCAUUCGGUCCAUUGCCGCCAUCACCACCGUCAUCUAAUCCGGACUUAUUUGAUUACGAUGCUCUACCACUGCCACCGUCACCGAAGGAUGCCCUCUUGAUUAAUGAGAGCAAUCGCAGCCUUGUUAAAGGUUUUAAGAAGACGACAACUGCCGAAAUUCAUACGCCUUCCUCCUUGGGCGAUGAACGUCGAAAUCGUGACAAUAUGAACGCUUUGCGUUAUCUAAGCAACGAUUUGCCACCCUUACCACCGCCCGCUUUCGAGAAUAUGCCACCAGCUGUGCCACCACAUCGUGGACAUUCAGUGAAUACGAUGAAAUCCUGGUCCAUUGAUUCGCAUUACAAGAAAAAAUCACCGAAAAUGUUGGGUUACGGUAGCGGCAUUACUACGCCAACGGGAUCUCAAUACGAAGGUUCGUACUCAACGAAGCGUUAUGUUUCCUAUGGCACCAAACGGAGCCUGAAACAAUCGCCGCGCGAAGAAUUGCGUUUGCAAACUUCAUGCAGUCUUCCGGAGACACCAAUUUUUGCACGAGGAAGCUGUGACAUACCGCGCACCCCGUUCAGACGACAACCCGAAAGUGCCAUAAGCGGUUCGCGCACAGCACCUCGUUCCAGCACAUCACACAGUAUUAAUAUAGGCAACACGAUGGGUGGAAUGCCAACUGGUGGCAAUACAUUCGGCGCAGGUAUGUGCCGCCAACGUUCCAUGAACCAUGCGCUUGCUUCGAAUGAGAUGUUACGGUUGGCCGGUGCACCAGCACGGGGCUGGUAUCCGAAACAACGCUCUAUGCGCCCAGCCUCUACAGAAAAUAUUGAUCGUCUGAGCUCAUCGCGCGUUUGGGAUAGUGCUGCCGGCAUGUCUGGUACCGGGCAGUCGAGGAAACCGUUAACGUUGCCGCCAAAUUUGACGCCAUCUUUUUUAAAUAAGUCGCCAAGAGAGGCUCUACGUCGCGUAACGAGUCUUUUGAUAGCGAAGAAGAAAAACACUAAAGAGCGCAAGGGUAAGCCAUAUUCGGAUGCCACAUUCGAUGGAAAUCUGACUUUCGAGCAAGAAACUACAGUCCCCACUCCAAAGGAUAAUGCACGCAACUUUAACAAUACGUCACAGAAGCCUCAGAAGAAAAAAGGCCUUUUUAAAAGCUUAUGGAAAAAAACAAAACACUUUUCACUAGAUCAAUAAGUAGCAAUAACAGAGCAUACACAAACCAUUAAAAUACGGAAUAUUUACACAAUUAGCACACAAAUCCUACCCAUCCAUCCAUCCAAAGAGCCGCAAACAUUCACAUACAUAUGUAUGUAUGUACACCCACACAUAACCACAUCUAACAGAGUUGCAGAUUACCGAUUAUUAUCAUCUAUUUAUUAUCGUUAUAUACUCACAGUUGGCAUAAUUUAUAGCCGUUGAUAUGAUGCUCAUACUUACAUACAUACAUAGGUGCAUACAUAAAUACUUUAAAAGCGACAGCAUAUAAAAUGCGAUGCCAGACAAAUUUUUACAUAAAAUAAAUAAAUAACACAAGCAUCAAUACACAAAAUUACGAGUACGAGUACGAGUACAUUAAAUGAAAAUGCAUAAAACGGAAAAUUACGACACACAGAGUAUAGAAAUGCACAAAGCCGCAAAAAUAAGACUGAAUUUAAAAAAAGGAACAAAAAUUUAAAUAUUGAUAUUUCAAAUAUAAGACACAACUCAGUUCAGCUUCACUUACCUAAAACUGGAAAACAAAAACAAAAAAAGCAACAAAAAAAAACAAAAGACAACAAUAUCUUCUCAUUUUUUAAGAGUUAAUAAAACAAAAAUGUUCAGAUUAGCACGAAUCUAAAAACUACAUAAUAAAAAUUUCGUCAAACAACUUUGGUACCAGCAACUUUGUAGUAGAAUUUAGAUCCGAAAUUUCGAGACUUGUGUAAAUUGACUGUAUCUAAUUAGAAUUUAGCCAUACAUUGAAGCAAAGCCAAGCAAACACACGAGGCAACUACCUAGUCAACAAAUUAAGAUUUUUGUAGGAUAAAGUACUUAUUUUCCACACACUUCCAACUUACACUGUAGCAACAACUACACUAGAAGAACCUGUGUUGGGUUAAACUAAUUAAGAAACGAAUACUUUUAGCAUUUAAAUGCAUAUUUUCGUAUAUUUUACUUCAUUUUUAAGUAUACAUAAAUAUGUAUUUUGAAAAAUUAUAAUAUUUUGAAAAAAAAAAAAACGAAAAAAAAACAAAAAAGGUCCUCUCUAUUAAGCAAUAUUGGGCUCUCGCAUGUUAUAUGUAUGUAGUCAUUGGCAAAAGUAUUAUUUAUUCAAUGUUUAUUUAAAGUAUAUAUACGUACAUGUAUUAUUAGUCAUUUUUAUAAAGCAAAUAAAGUUAGAAAGAAAACAAAAGGAGUUAGUAGGAAAGCACCAAAUUGUAAUAUCACUCAAAUGAACUUAUUUUUAUGAACGUUAGAUUUGCAUCUACGAGCAAAAACAAAAAUUAGGCCGGUACGGCGUAAGUGAGUUUUGUUUACAGCCAUGAACGAAAGUAAAUGAAAAAAAAAAAUCCAAUGUUUGUAUGUAGUUUGUCAGCAGUUAUUGAUGCAAAUAUACCUAAAGCAUGAAAACUCACUUGGAAAAUGAUGGCGAGGCUUAAAACUGUUAUUUCCGAAAGUGCCAGGUGGAAAAUUGAAAAAUGGUAGAGUAUAGUAAGCCAGCGAAAAAGCUUUGCUCUGUUUUUUUUUUUGGCGUAACGAAAAUGAAAGUUAAAAGUUUAACGAAAAUCAAAGAAGAAAUAUCGUGGAAUACUUAAAAUUCGCUUUGCUAAACGCACAACUCCGAAAGAUUAUAGGCAUACAUGAAGGCGAAUUUCUUACUUUGUUGUUCGCAAUUUUGACAAGUCUGACGUUAGGCUCCUUUUCAAUCCAAAACAAAUAAAAGGAGGAGAAAUUAUAUGUUCAAGGUGAAUUGAGUCCCAUAGGUGGUGCCUUCCCAAAACAGUUACUUUGUUUUACGCGAUUUUGACAAGUCUGACGUCAAGUCCAUUUCCAACACAAAACAAACAAAAGGGGAACGAGAAAUUGCAUCUUCAAGGGCGAAUUGAGUACAAUAAGUGACGCCUUCCUAAAAUAGUUAUUUUAUUUUUCGCGAUUUUGACAAGUCUGACGUCAGGUCCAUUUCCAACACAAAACAAACAAAAGAAGGACGAGAAAUUACAUCUUCAAGGGCGAAUUGAGUAUCUUGGGUGGUGCCUUCCUAAAAUAGUUAUUUUGUUUUUCACGACUUUAACAAGUCUGACGUCAGGCUCCUUUCCAAUACAAAAUAAACGGACAAAACAAACAAAAAGAGGAGGAGAAGUUACAUAUUCAAGGCGAAUUGGACACUGAAGUUGGCGUCUUUCCACAGUUACAAUACUUUAUUUUUUGCAAAGCUGACGUCAGGUCCCUUACAAAUACAAAAUAAACGAAUAAAAUAAACAAAUCUGGAUAGGUGCUACAAUAUCCAGAACGCUAUUGGGCCACAGUUACGCGGGUCUCGCGCAGAAGCUGGAGCUCUUCGUCUGCAAAAGGAGGUGGUUGGGCUCUGAUAACAGCAUU